AUGGCCAACAAAACUCCCUACUACUUCUACGCACCAACCUGGGACAUCCCACCCCCACCUACCGGCCCCAUCCAGCUGGGAAAUGUCAUCACCUCGCUCCAAACACCCGACCAACCAAUAUAUACCGCCAGCUUACCAAACUCGGACUCCGAUGUCUUUUCCUCUGAGAAGAAGAACGUCACUUUCUCGCAGGAGAAAAACAAUGGAGGAAAUUUGUCAAUCAUGACCCGAUUUAUGGCAAUGGUCUUGGGAAUUGGGGUUGAUGCGGGAGUCGGCAUGGAGCGUAGUGUUAAGGAGGUAUUGACCUUUGAUACUAUCACCACCACACAGUUCGUCCCGAAAACUUCUUACAUUCAAGAGAACUGCAUUGAUGCUUCUCCUGCGGUGCGACGGUGGCUUGAACGGUCCCGGUACCGGAAGCCAUUAUAUGUCAUUACGGGGAUAAAGGUUGUGAUGGGAGCCAAAACAGGGAAGUCUGAGACGGCGAAAGGGGCGAGUGCGAAUUUGGGGGUUAGUGUCGAUGGAACGGUUUUCAGUGGAGGUGCAGUCCCUAUAAGUGCGGGACCUGGGAUUGAAGGGACAAGAUCGAGGAAGAUGGAUUUGCAGUGGGAGAAUGGUGGUGAUUUUGUGCUUGCUUUCCGGGUGAAGCGAUUCAAGGUUGGGAGAAAGAAUGUGGAUGUGACGAAGAUGGAUGAUUAUCGGAAAGGGGCGAUGCUGGGAGCUGAUGCUGAGGAGAAAGAGAAAGCCUGGGUGGGUGUUGUUGAAGAUGAUGAGGUUGGGUUUGAAGAUUUGGAAUGGGAAGGGGUAGAGGUGACGGAGGGAGAUGAGGUUUUGGUUGUUGGGAUGCCACGAUCUGGAGUGCUUCGUCGGUUGGAGGUCUGA